UGAAGUUCUCGCUUCAGCAACUGAACUCAGGUGACAGUGACUUUCGGCACCUGGCGAGGAGCAGCCGGGAAUACGGGAGGCUGUGGAGCCCUGAGACAGGGACUGGACUGACAGCGCAGGGCAGCAAGGAAAGAGUUAAUGCAGCUCCUCCAGGGGUAGUUAGCGGCUGGAACCAUGAGGCUGACGUUGCAUAAAAAGAAGAUAGCUGCCCUGCUUCUGCUCCUGGUGAUGGGCAUCUGUGUUUGCCUGCUCCUCACCUCCUCUUCUGCCCAGGAGGAACAAGUCGCCACACUGAGCAGUUUACGCUCUGAUAACAAGAGUUUCUCCGCCUUCCAUCUGCCCCAUGGCUCCCCUCUGCAAAUGAGACUGUUUGCCUAUCGAAACAAUUUACGGCAGACAGUUAUUAAUGCUGAACUCUUCCCAAGUCGACCUGAGCUGGUGGUUGUGGUACAGGUACGAGGAGGACCUGGGAGUGGUGCCCGCCUUCGGCUACUCACAGAAUCCUUAAAGGCAGCUGGGCCUGGGACCACCAACCGCCUCUUGCUGGUAUUGAGCAUGGAGAAGCCUUGCACUGAGGUUGCUGAUGCCAUACAAUCUAUAGACUUCUGCCGUGUGCUGCCCCUCUUCUUCCCAUACAGCAUGAGCUUCUACCCGCAUGAGUUUCCAGGAAGUGACCCUGCAGACUGCCCACGAGACUUAUCCAAAGAGUCUGCCUUGCAAAGUGGCUGCAAUAAUGCGGAAUACCCUGACAGCCAUGGGCAUUACAGGGAAGCCUCCUUUGCCCUGGACAAACAUCACUGGUGGUGGAAGCUGCACUACACCUGGGAAAGACUGCGGGAAGUGAGUGGGUACAGUGGUUAUGUGCUGUUCCUAGAAGAGGGCAGCUAUCUCCUCCCAGACUGGAUGCAUGUGAUGCGUCUCAUGCAAAGUCAAUGCCAAGAGGAAGGAUGCCAACUGCUGAGUCUUGGAGGCACUGCCAGCCCAGAUUCAUCACCAGAUCCACAGCAGGUAGAAUUAAGCGGCUGGGUAGCGCCAAAGCAUCGAUCUGCUGUAGCAAUGCCUAGAGGACUCUACUACCAGCUUAUGGGCUGUUUAGCGGAAUUCUGCACAUAUGAUGAUUAUAACUGGGAUUGGAGUCUGCAACAUAUCUCGGCAUCGUGCCUUGCCCACCCACUAAAGGUUCUGUCUGCCCGCCUGCCAAGGGUACUCUCUCUGCCUGCUGACGGCGGAGAUGGUGGAUGUGGGCGCACAGGGCCAUGUGCCAGCCCAGAGGCUGGCUUACAAACUCUAAGAACGCAGGUCAGGGAGCUGAGCGGGCGACUUUUCCCAAAAACUAUAACUGUCGCCAGCCGCCAAGAAGAAGUACGGAACCCCCCACAGACUAAGAACGGUGGCUGGGGGGACAUUAGAGACCAUGCACUGUGCCAAUCAUAUGCCAGAUUAUGAGGUGCCCCUGCUCUCACACUUACUGCUUGUGUGAUAUGGUGCUUCUUGAUUACCUACCAGCAAGUAUAUGUGAACUGUGACCAAAGGUACAAACAUUCUCAGGAAUUCAGGAAAUCAUUAUGCAAGAGAUUAACGUUUACUUAAAUUGCUGAUUUGUGAUACGUUAUCACCGUUUGGUUCUGAUGCUUAUAACGUGCACUUUGCCUUCACAUUGAUGCCUUAAAAUGGAAACUCUUUGUAUUUACCAAGGAUGCUUUACAAAUUUUAGCUAUUUUUUGUUUGCUACAGAAAUUUAGGUUUUUACUUUUUCUACGUUUAUUCAUAAUGAAGUUUUGUAAUAUAUUGGGUUAAUACAGAACUCUUUUACCUAAUUUCCCAAAUACCAUUCUUUAUCUGCAAAUAUUUUUUCAGAACUCCUGUAUCACACAACAAAGACAAAAAUAUCAUCAAAGGAUACAAUAUAUAACCAAAGAUUAUUUUAUCUGUCUUUCUGUUUUUGUCUUUAUAAUAUGUGUUUGUCAUGUCUUAUAUGUCUGAUUGUAUGCAUAUCACAGUCAAAGCCUAAUUUCGUAGGGAACAAAAUAUAUAUAUAUAUAUAAUUUUUAUUUUAUUUUUUUUCAUUCCAUUGUGGGAUCCAGCACUCACUUCCUAUAUACAAAACAAGCUCCCGGGGUACAGUUCAAAAUAUUCAUCCACAAAAGUCUCAAAGAACAGCACUCUCCAUUACUUAAUCCCUUAAAGGGCCACUAAACCCAAAAUCUUUCUUUCAUGAUUCAGAUAGAGAAUAGAAAUUUAAACAACAUUACAAUUUACUUCUAUUAUUUAUUUUGCUUCCUUUUUUAGAUAUCCUUAGUUGAAGAAAAAGAAAUGCACAUGAUGAGCCAAUCACACGAGGCUUCUAUGUGCAGCAACCAAUCAGCAGCUACUGAGCAUAUCUAGAUAUGCUUUUCCGCAAAGAAUAUCAAGAGAAUAAAACAAAUUAGAUAAUAUAAGUUAAUUAGAAAGAUGUUUAAAAUUACAUUCUCUUUCUAAAUCAUGAAAGAAAAAAUGUGGGUGUCAUGUCCCUUUAAUCCUUUUAUUUGGUUAAUGUUUUGGGGGUCUCCCCGUCCUCAGACCAGACAAAAGUUAUUGUCUGGUCUGAGGACGGGGGAGACCCCGAAAACAACCAAAUAAAAGGAUUCAGUAAUGGAGAGUGCUGUUCUAUGAGUCUGUGUGUAUAUGUGUAAAAAAAAUAAAAAUAAAAAAAAAAAUAUAUAUAUGUGUAUAUAUUAUUUAUUUUAGUGCGUGUAUUAUGCAUAGACUGUAUAGCAAUGUUUUAACUGUGCAUUUUAGACACCCCAUUAAUGAAGGGGUUAACUAUUUGCUGAGAAUUCUGAGCCAUUUGCCAGUGAAUCUCUUCAGACCAGUCAUUCAGUGUAACCUUAUGUGGCUAAACAUUUAAUCUAAUCACUGAUUACAAGUCUGACCUAUUGUGGGAGUUUUGUUUAUUUAUAAAAAUCUCCCUGUAGUAGUGAAGUCAAAAGUCCAUAUUUAUCCACUUCCCAUUUCUCGGUAGGUCCAUAAGUAUGUGAGGGUUGUGAAACACAUUGUGACCUAAAUGUAAUCUAUUUUUUGGCUGGAUAAAAAUACAUUUUGUGCAUGUUUAAUAUCUAGAAUGCAUAUCAUUUUCUUACUAACAGAUGCACCGCACCCUAUUUUAUGUUGAUUUCUCAGCUCUUUACAGCACAGUUAUUUACUCUGUAUUACAGGAAUAUGGGGCUGCAAUCACAGUGUUUUCCCCAUGACCUCUUUAACGGGUGCAACACCUGGCUAAUAUUACUGACCUCCCAGCUAAAGUCUUAGCUAAUAUUAUUUUAUUGCACAAAUUAUCAUUAAAUACAUGUAUGUUAAAUUGUGCAAUUAUUUUGUGCUUUGGAUAGCUGAAAAAGUAAGAAUUACACUGCAAUCACCUGGCUAAUGUAUAAUGCAACAUUUUCUGUGGAGGACACUGAAUGAUAUAUUAUCAAAACAUGGAAAAUGUGUGGGGGGUUUUUGGGGGGGGGUUUGCAUGUCAAAAACCAGCUGAGAAAUAUUGGAACAUAUUUUUCCAGUAAAAACUGUUUGAUAAUUAUUUGUGCUCUAUAUGCAUACUGCAGUACACAUGCUCUUUGGUGGUAAGAGACAAGCCUCCACAAAUAUUUUGAAAAGUAGGUUUAUUCAGCAUACUAAGAUUUACAAUUUUUUUUCUUUUACUUACAAAAAUAAUAUAUUAUAAAACACACAUUUGUGCUCUAUGCAUACUGCAGUAUGAGCAUGUAUUUGUGACUAGGUACAACUCUAAAUGUAGCCAGCAAGUGCUACCCAGGGUGCUGAUUCAAGAAUGGGCUGGCUCCUAAGCUUUAAAUUCCUGCUCUUUCAAAUAAAAAUACCAAGAGAACAAAGAAAUGUUUAAUGGGAGUAAAUUAGAAAGUUGCUUACAAUUGUAUGCUCUGUCUGAAUCAAGAAAAAAAUGUGGAUUUUACAUCUUUUGUAAAAAAUGAAGAAAUUUGAAUUAUAUUUUGCUGCACCAAAAAGUCCUUUGCUAAUAUCUCCCAAACCCUCUUUGCGUUUUUUUGUUUGUUUUUAAACAACGUCACUAGGUUGUUCUCCAAUCUCCAUCUGCUCAGUCACGCAAUUCACUUCAGUGUAGUGUGCACGUGCGCUGGAUGAGGCAGCUGACAGCUUUAAAGUGAAUAUUGUGAUCAAGUUUGCUUUAACAGCCUGGUGUCUUUAGUUGCGGUCUUCACAGGUUGGGCUUAGUUUAACAACAUUAGAGACAGAUGGGAGACUCUUGAUCUGGCAAACCUCAUAGGAGAUGAACCUGCAUAUAAUAAUCACCAAUGUGAAUUAGGAAAAUAUUACAUCUGCUGCACUUUUCAUUGUUUUACAGCUUCUGCUUUUUUUUUUUAUCUCUAUUUGUAGAUCUGCAAAAAACACAUUCCCUAGAGAACACAGUCACUUUGCAUUUAUAGUUUCCAUUCUCGUUUUCUGUACAAACCUGUUUUGCUACAAUACUAUCAGGAUCUGCUUACAGGGGGUAUAGUAAAGUGUGAGCCUUGUGUGACUUCAGCUGACAAUGUUGCACAAAAGCCACUGCUCACACUAACCAAACACUGUAUAACUGGAAUUUAGCCUCUGCAAUGUGUUACCUGACAGCCAAGGGGUUAACUGAGUAGUGAUAAGAUUAUUAAACUAAAACAGGUUUGUACAGAUACUGCUCACUAUUCUGUUAUUGAAACUCUAUCUUGUUGGGGGCAGAUCUUUCCGUAACCCAGAGGAUUUCCUCUGCAGAACUGCUUCCUGCAAUUGUUGGGAGAAACAAAUUGCUGAGUAUGAACAGCUUUUUGGGGUUAGAAAGUUUUUAACCUUUGACUUAUUUAAAAAUUGUUCUAUCUGUGCAGAUUUAACCCAUUGACCACCAGGGAAGUCUGUCACCCAAGCACUGCCUUGCAACCCUGUCUGUCAGUAAAGGGGUCCAUUUUUGUUUUUAUAUAAACUAUACAAUGCAUUACAACCCUUGUGACCGCAAAGCAAUGGCGUACAAAGUGAAAUUCAAUAGCAGUUGUGUCUGAUUAUAAAGUGACUUAAAAGAGCAAAUUAUUUGACGACUUUAUACAGGACACUAAGGGGGCGAUUUAUCAAAGUAAUCCGGCCUUAAUUGCGGCCAAAAUUACGCAUACAAACCUAUCGCCAUAUUUAUGUAAGCAAGCUGCGUCUAUAAUUGUGCAAAUCUGAAAGAAAAUGCAUUUGCCUAGGCACAUAGGCGCGCGCCCGAGCUCACCAAUAUACAUUAAUAGGCGUAAUUUCAAAGCCCGACCUACAAAUACGGCAAGUUUCUUAUUUAACAUUGCUUUGUGCUAAUAGGGAACUGAAAUUUCUCCUUAAAUUGCGUGUUCUAUAUUUCGCCAUUCAGACUGAGGCGAACAGCAUAAACGUACAUUCUUUUACAGCUUGUGAUGAAGUACUUUCUUCUUUUAACUGCUCAGAGCCAAGAAGAGACUGAUAUUGCUAGACAUUUGCACUUCCACAGGUGCAUACAGGUUCCAAGGGUUUUGUCGCCCGUUGUGGUCUUUGUAAGCCUUGACUGACAAACGAGAUAUAUAUAAUGAUAGCAAAAACUUGCACUCACUGGACUUUUCAAACACCAAACAUUUAAUGUAACGUUUCGGAGACAAAGUAUCCCCUUCCUCAGAUACUUUGUCUCCGAAAACACUCUGCUAAUCCACAUCUCCAGACCAUAUGAAAAAGAAAAAAGUAUAUGUCAAAUUGUUAAAAGUUGAAAAAUACAGCUUUAUUUGGUACAAAAAAUGUUAAAAUCAGUUGCAUGUAAAAACAUGAAAGAAAAAACAAAAGCUACAGUCCUGUAACUGACAUAGAGCAACAGCAACCAAACAUGUUUCGGGCCUAAUGUCAGCCCUUGUUCACUGGCAUAACUAGUGCUGGGAAAAGCCUUAAUUUAAAGGUAAAGUUAAUUAUCAAUUACAUGCAUCUGUUGAAUUAACCCAUGACUACCUAGAUAGUCAUGGUUAAAGGUAAAUUAUCAUUAAUUGUUUUUUUGUUUCUUAUAUUAAACAUUUUCAUUUUAAAGCAAACAUAAA